CCGCGGCUGGGAUUGGGCGGUGGGCGGGCUAAGGCGGGCUCGCCUCUGUCGACGCACGCCGACGACAGAAGCGUUCGCCUCGCGCCGCCGUCUGCGCGCGCGCCGCAUAACUUGAUUAACGCACAGAAAACUGAUUUAUUGUGUCGCGUUGAAAAAAUAAUCGGCCGACGGUGAAGAAAUGUGAUGGAGGGACAAGAGUGGCGGGGCGAGUGGCAGCAGCCGCGCCAGCUUGACGGCAUUGUAUCGUCGAGUGGAUGUCCUCGCGGCGGGUUCGCGUUGUCACAGUCACUGGUGGAGCGACUCGGCCGGGAUCAUGAGCAGCCUCCCGUGUUGCCACCUCUGCAUCAUCCCAUUAGAGAUCACUCGGUGUGCGCGCGCAGCACCUACUCGCCGCUGCAGGCGCUCAGCGAGAGCACGUGUCGAGACCCCGGCGUGUCCGCGCCGCCGCCGCAGCCGCCGCCGCGCGUGCAUCCGUCAAAUCAGAACGUGACUCUCCACCCUGCGGUAGCGCGAUGCACAGCUACCCUAGAACUGGCCUCACUAUGGCGCAACUUCCACGAGCUGGGCACGGAGAUGAUCGUGACGAAGGCGGGCCGGCGCAUGUUCCCGGCGCUGCAGGCUCGCCUCGCUGGGCUGCUGCCGAACGCUGACUAUCUUCUGCUGGUGGACUUUGUGCCGCUCGAUGAUAAGAGAUAUCGAUAUGCUUUCCACAGCUCUAGCUGGGUAGUGGCGGGCAAGGCGGACCCGGUGUCCCCGCCGCGCAUCCACGUGCACCCAGACUCGCCGGCGCCCGGUUCCAACUGGAUGCGCCAGCUCGUCUCCUUCGACAAACUCAAGUUAACGAACAACCAGCUCGACGAUAAUGGACAUAUAAUCCUGAACUCGAUGCACCGCUACCAGCCGCGGUUGCACGUGGUGUACCUGCCGGGCGAGGGCCAGAGCACGGCGCCCAGCACCGUGCCCUACCGCACCUUCGUGUUCCCCGAGACCGGCUUCACCGCCGUCACCGCCUACCAGAACCAUAGGAUAACGCAAUUGAAAAUAGCGAGCAAUCCCUUUGCGAAAGGAUUCAGAGACUGCGACCCAGAUGAUUGCCCGCCCGAGCAGAGCCAGCAGCGCGGCGGCGGGCGGCGGCGCGAGUCCUCCGCGGCGGAGGCGUGCCCGCAGCUCGCGCAGCCGUACGCCGCCGAGCCCAGCGCCUGCGGCCCGCUCUACCCGCCGCACGCACAUCCUGUGCGGUAUCAACCCCAUGCGGGCCACAAUAGCGCUUACAGUGCUUACUACGCUCACAGAUAGCUCAGAAAGGCACUCGGGGGUCGGGACUGCAAAGACAACAACCGGCUAACACUCAUGCUACAGAUGAGCGACCACGUCCCUGGAACGCACCAUCUGCCAAUCAUACCGCCAUAGGGGUCGUAACAACCAUUGACAUAUACUAAUGGACAUGCUGUACGCUUAUAAUCGAAGAUAAGAAAUGGCUUGUGCUUUCGGUCUAGCGCUAUCUCUUUCCUUGACAAGCACGGCAUAUAAAUUCUAAAGAGACAAAGUGAGACCGAAACUUCGUUUCCUCUCUUU